CUCAUCGGAUGAUGAGGAUGGCCCUAGUAGGCAGGAGUUGAUGGAGCGCAUGGCCGCUCUGGAAAAAAGGGCAGCGGGUUUGGCAGUGGGUGGAGAUUUACCUCAGCCACGUAGGGGUGCGAAACGAGUCGCAAAAGUGGGAUUUAACAAAGAAUUUGCCUCUCGUCUGUUGGCACUAGAGAAGAUGACAGCCCUGAGUACAGGGGAACCUAGCUCCAGUCAUCAUCAUCAUCCUACUGCGCCUGAAGCGGAAGGAGAAGGCUAUCUGCCUGGGCCUGGGGACUGUGGACAGGUGGCUGUGGCGGUGGACUCUCCUCUGGCUGAAGGUGCCGUGUCGGGCCAUGAGAGGAGGAGGAUCCUGAUAUGUGGCCACAGCAUGGUGUUUUGGGCGGCCAAUCAAGCUAAGAACACGCCGAUUGGAUCCCAGUUGGGCCUGAGUGCUGUGGCCACAGUGGAGUGGCAGGGACGGCGGGGCCUCAGGUGGCCGGGCCUCUUGCCUCUCCUGUUUAGGGGGCGGUUGCAGCCGCCCCCGCACAUUGUGGUCAUCCACCUGGGUGGGAAUGACCUUGGCAUGGUACAGGGUAAGGCCCUGUCAGUGCAAGUAGCAGUGGACCUAGCAUACAUAAACGACCGAUGGCCUGGUGUGCUGGUUAUAUGGUCCGAGAUGCUACAACGUCGAGUUUGGCGGGAGGCUUUGAAUCCCAAGGCUAUUGAGAGGGCCCGCCGUAAGACCAACCAUGACAUCAGGAAGGCCUUGGGGCAGGGCUUGGGCAUUUAUCUGCCACACCCCAGGAUUAGGGCCGAAUUUGCCAACCUCUACAGAGGAGAUGGUGUCCAUAUGUCACCUGAGGGCAAUGAGUUAUUUUUAGAUGACCUGCGGCAAGGGCUUCGGGUGGCGCUAGGCCACCUGUGGGGCGCGAGGGUCUAAGCAGAGGCUUGACCCUUGCGUUGGCAGGAGUUUUUGGGAAUAGGGUGCGGGCUGGUGAGCCCCUGUGGCAUUCCCCAAGGUUGGGGAACAGGGUCUGCUGUUAGGGCGGUAUGCAUGGGCGGCUACCGUCAGGGAGGGCAGACGCCUGAGGGGAUCCCCGGGAACAAGACCUCACCUCAUGCUUGGCGGCUGGGGCGCAACAGGUGCUUGAGUGGGAUCCCAGGGCCUAGCUGGCCGGGUUGCAGCCAUUCAGGAGAUGGCCUACACCCGGGGCAUUGGGGGCUCGCCCAGACAGGCAAGGCGGUGGUCAGGU